CGCCGUGGAAAGAUUUUUUAUUUCGAAGUCGUCGUACUUUUGAAGCAAUUCAGAGUGCGAAUUCGCGCAGGGAGGAUAUUGGACUAGAAUUUAUAUGUUUGGUAGACAUCGCGAAAGGUUUCGCCUGAUGACGUGACGACGUAGUGGUGAUCGAUAGCAUCUCGCGCGACUCUGCGACGUCGCCGAGCAUCGCCGAGCGAUAUUUUGUCUCCAUCCGAAUCGCUACGGAUUGCUAUGUCGCGGUCCAAAGUAAAUUAGACGAUUAACAUUUAUUCUUUGACUGACAACUGAGGUGUGUUGCGUACGUUGCACCUGAUGCCAGAUGGUCCUCUAAUCUUACGUUGAAAAUCGAAGUGAAGAAUCACGACAGCUGUCAACAUGUCAAAUUUGAAGUAUACCUGCAUCAAUGACCUCGUGCAAAAGGCUAAGAUCAAUUACACAGGUAAGGAGCCACGCUUCGUGUACCAGAGGCUCCCUGCUAUGCGAGAAAGUUCUGAUUUGGCAAAAAAGGAAGGAGACGAUGAGAUAGCAUAUAUCUUUUUGAAGAGAUGGCUAGAUUCGGUCGAGUGGUUGAGGAGAACUCAUAGCAAGGAUGGCAAGUCGGCCUAUGCUACGAACAUGACUGUUGAUCAGAUAAAUGAAGUGAAAAACAUACUUGCAGACUUGAAGCAAAAGUUAGAAGUACGUUAUGAACUUAAUUUGAAGAAGUGCAAUGAUAAGCUGGAACUAAUGGAGGUAGAAAUGGAUGAAUCCAAGGUGCCAAAUAAUGACAUUGGCUUGAAGUUACCAGAAAUACCAGCUGAAGAUAUAAGUCUAAGUAGCAUUAAUGACAAUUUUAUAUCAUGUGAUAAAUUGUAUAAUCUAAUACAAAAAAUACGUGCCAGAUAUUUGAUCAUUGAUACUAGGCAGAAGGGUCAUUAUGAAAAUUCCAGGAUAUUGUCCGAUAGAUGUAUUAACAUUCCACAAUCUGAAAUUAAAAAAGGGCUGCUAGGUACUCACUUUGAAAAAUAUUUCGCAAAUGAUAAGCAUUCUUAUGACUUAUUUGUUAAUCGAUCAGCACAACACACGGAUAUUCUAGUCUUGCUAGAUUGGAAUACUACACAAGAAACUUUGACACCAUGUAUUCAUAUAAAUCUAUUAAAAGAUAUUUUCGAGAAAUGGGAUCCCGGUAUAAAACAUAAAAAGAUUAAUAUUCUGAACGGAGGAUACCAGGAAUGGUGGGAGCGAUAUCCAGCAUUUACAACGAAUCCCAGCAUCGAAGUACCUGAGUUUAAGAUCGUUACACUUGAUGAGAAGAUUCUCGAUACGUUUGAAUAUCCUUCUUGGGCAUGUUCUGAUUCGGAAGAUGAAAUCUUGAAAAAAGAAGAAGAGCAAGAAACGGAGAACAAAUUGAAUAAUAUGAUCGGCUCUAACAAUAGCAUCGACAUGGAGAUGGAUCAUGGUGACAACAAAUCAGCGAUAUCUAGACAUGCCAGGUCAAACAGUAAUGAUACCAAAUCCAAGAAUUUCAUUAGUCAUGUAACAAUAUCAAUUAACAAUAAACAAUCGUCUCGGAGUGACAGUAUAAAUGGGAAAAGUUCAGUCCGAUUGGAAAGUCCAGAAAGCCCAGUAUUAACUCAUUCUAAGAUAUUAUCAAGUAAAAUGCCACAAAACGAAGUGAGCGCGAAACCGGUGAUUGAUCGUAGCAGUAAACCAACCGCCUUGAAGACAUACGAUCCACGAUGUAAAGAAGUAUUAAGGUUUAUGAAAGAGUUAAAUGAACUUGCAAAAUCGAAAUCCAAGCUUGCGACUGAGUUGUUGACCCACGAAUAUGAACUUUACUCGCAACGUGAGAACAAGUACAGUCCUAGUGACGAGAAAUAUCUACGAACAGAAAUAAAGUCUCUAAAAAUUAAAUUAGAAGAUAUGCAUAAAAUGUACCUAAAAAUCGAAAAUGAAUUUAAGACAUAUUUAAAGGAAACGGAUACAAUUAAAUUUAAUCCCACUGAUGACCGUGAGAAGACGAAUCUUGAUUUUAAUCUUUCUUUGCUACAGAAGGAAAUCAGAGACAUUGAAACCAAAAGAAAAAAGCUACAGGAAGAUUUCUUGCAAAGAGAGCACAAGGAGAUAUUGAAAAACGACAGUGACAUUCACAAGGAACCCUUGAAGACGGAUGGACCAUCCAUUAACACUGGCUUGGAGCGUUCUUAUUCGAGUCCAAAUCUGUUACAGUUGGGAGAUCGUAAAGCACCUCAGAUAGAUAGAACUUCUAAGCCACAUAUUUCGCCUCGAAAUCAGAAUGGAAUUGGGAAUGAGAACAUCAAAGUGUCUUCUCUUAGUUGGGGGAAUCGGGAGGAACGAAUGACCCCUAUUCACGGCACUGUUCAUCCAGGUAUAACCGGGCUGAAGAAUUUGGGCAAUUCUUGUUAUAUGAACAGCAUCAUUCAGUGCCUAAGUAAUACUACGAACUUAGCGAAAUAUUUUACUGAUAAUUCAUAUGCUGAUGAUCUCAAUACGAAUAAUGACAAUAUGACACAAGGCCAAGUGGUGGAAGAAGUGGCUCAAGUAAUUAAAGCGCUAUGGAGAGGCCAGUACAAGAGCAUAUCUCCUUACGACCUAAAGGUUGCGGUUGGACAAUACAAAUUACAAUUUGAAAGUUACGAACAACAAGAUUCCCAUGAAUUCCUCACGUUCCUAUUAGACUGGAUGCAUAAUGAACUUAAAAAGAACGUGAAAAUGCCGAUUGAAAUAACUAAUGCGGAGAAAGAAUGGGACAAAGCAAUGAAUUCUCAGAGAUCUAUAAUAUCGGACUUAUUUUUUGGGCAAUUAAGAUCCACCAUUACAUGUUCAUUUUGCAAACAAGCGAGUACUACGUACGAAACAUUUAAUAGUUUAACAAUGUCUUUAUCUCAAUCCAAUCGGUGCACUUUAAAUGAUUGUAUGGAGAAGUUUGUGACAGGACAGAAAGUGAGCGGAUGGAAAUGUCCUAAGUGUCAGACACCUCGCGACGCGACGAAAAAAUUCGAUUUCGUCAAACUUGCACCCAUUGUCGUGAUUCACUUGAACCGUUUCGCUGAGAGUGGCGGAUGGUUAGAAAAGCGCAACACCGCUGUCGAUUUUCCUCUCACGGGAUUUAACUUGAAGCCAUACCUUGUCUUGGAGAACACGAAGGCGAUUAUGUCGAAUAAUAUCCGUAAUUACAAUUACACUCUCUAUGCGAUAUCAAAUCAUUAUGGAACAAUGGACGGUGGUCACUACACAGCAUUUUGCAAAAACUCUACUCAAAAUAAAUGGUACAAGUACGAUGAUCAAACUGUCACGGAAGUAUCACCGAACCAAGUGAAGUCUCAAAACACGAGUGCCUAUUUAUUGUUUUAUACAUCAUUUCCAAACACGAUCAUGUAGUAUGAGGACGCAGCCACGGAUGUAAUCAAGAUCCAGUUAUGACAGUCUUCAGUGUGAUAUUAUUUAAGAGAAGAAGUACAUACAGGAAUAUGAUUUUCAAUGCUUUGUAGAUAUUAAAUCAUUAUAUUUUGUAUGAUAAAUCUUCUAUGCGCGAUUAAAAAAAAGCGUGUAGAAGUUGUGACGAUAUUAAAAGCUUUAUCGGUGCUGGC